AUGAGCAGCCCCGAGAGUGUAUCGCCAAACGGAACCCCUUCCAAGACAGUAGUUCCAGUCGAAGGUAACAAUCCGUCUUUGCCUGAGACAUCUUUACACAUUGAAGGGGACAACAGUACCAACGGUGCAAGAUCGGUUCGUGGUUUUUUCAAACAGAAAGGGUCAAGAUUUCUUUCACUAUUUAAAGCACGCAAAAGCGGAGGCAGUAUCAUCUCUCAAGGGAUCCAGAAAACGGCCUACCAAUCAAGUAGAGAAGACGGAGCCACCAACGAACUUCUAACGAACGGAAGUAGGCCUUUCAGCCCUGAGGGAAAUAACCAAAGCAUCGACCAGCCUGCAGAUUCGGGUGCUUUGCAAAAGAGAAAGGAGUCAAAAGCUGAUCACAGUAGGCACUCCUUCGGAAAGGAGACCUGUGCUAACAACGCUGCCCUAGAGCAGCAGAAGACGAGCGCCCCCAAAGGUUCGUUGCCAUCCAGCCAGCAGCGACUUCGUUCUGGGAUAGGUUUAACGAAGAGAAUAUCGGAUAAAUUCUCAAUGUCAUUCGGACCUCCAACUGUAGUACGUCGUACAAAUCUGCGAUUACGACCAGCUAUAGGGUUUUCAGUUGCUGUACAGCCUUCUGCACCAUCUACACUUCAGAAAUUGGGUGAUAAUGCCCAAGAUGACUCGGACUCCUCAGCUUCCCACUUAGGUGGAAGUGGCACUUCUCACAAAAGCCAAUCCACCAAUCCUACCUCGGAAGGCAGUCCUAUCUCCCUACCAAAAAGGACGUCUGCAAGCUUGACUGGCAAAGGAAAAUGUACUGUUCCGGCGAACAGUGCUUCAUCGGAAAGUCCGCAACCGUCAUUUGGAGACACCCAGCCGACCCUUAUCAAGCCGUCAAUUGUUACCGUAGAAGCAGCCGCGGCGGCAAAGAUCUUCCUUGAAACUCACUUUGAUUCUUUAUUCUCCAAAGAGCCUCCCAGGCUACGCCGUCAGCGUGAACUUGAACGGUUCAUAUACUCAUUACCUCUUUCAGAAGAGGAACGGCGGGAUGUUUGGUAUGCCUGGUAUCGUCAAGAAUCCAACCACCUCAGAAGAAAUCGUGUGAUAAGGACACAUUCGAACCGAAGAGAUGGUAAAAAGAGCCCCUUGGUUUCAGGGUAUGGAGUGGUCAAAGUUUUAGGAAGAGGCAGCUUUGGUGUCGUUCGCCUGGUUAAAGAAAAGAACGUUGGCAUCGAACCCGAGCUGUCAACCCCAAAGAUACCACGGUCGUUCCGCCGAAAGGGUCCAGAAAGUCUUAAAAAGAAUGUCUUCGCGAUGAAGGUUAUCCGCAAAUCUGAAAUGCUCCUAAACUGUCAAGAAGGUCACCUACGAGCGGAGAGAGACUUUCUAGUCGCUUCUAACAAAUCUCAAUGGAUCGUGCCGCUUAUUUCGAGUUUCCAGGAUAAACAUAAUCUCUACCUAAUUAUGGACUACAUGGUUGGCGGUGACUUUCUUUCUUUGCUGAUGAGAAAGCAUAUCUUAUCCGAGGCUGUCUCAAAGUGGUAUGUGGCGGAAAUGAUCCUUUGCAUCGAGGAGGCCCAUAGACUUCGUUGGAUCCAUCGAGACGUAAAGCCAGACAAUUUCCUAAUCUCAGCGUCUGGUCACCUGAAGAUUUCUGACUUUGGACUUGCAUUUGAUGGACAUUGGUCUCACAACGAGUCAUACUUCCACAAUCACCGACAAUCAUUGCUCAAGAAAUUGGGUAUCAAAAUCGAAGGAGACGCUGAGGAUAAGAAAGCUGCUGCCAAAGAAGCCAAAAAGGCAUACAAGAUUGCUAACUCCCCUGAUGGGAAAAAUGCUGGGCCAGUGGGCAGGGAGGAUAGGAGGCAGCCUUGUCCGGGUGAAGACAUUCUUCGAUGGCGAAAUCGCCGAGAGCGAAGGAGAUUGGCACUCAGCAUGGUAGGCACUAGUCAGUAUAUGGCCCCAGAAAUUGUGAACGGAGAACCAUACGAUGGUAGAUGUGACUGGUGGAGUGUUGGCAUCAUUCUAUUCGAGUGCCUCUUUGGAUAUACACCGUUUGCCGCCGAUUGCAGAGAGAAAACCAAGGAUAAUAUCAUGAACCACAAGCGUCACUUGGUAUUUCCAGCAGACCGUCCAUCCGACCGACUGGUUUCCAAUGACGCCAUUAAUCUUAUCGCAGGAAUACUUCGAGAAAAAGAUGGACGGCUGUCCUCUUACAAGUAUUCAUUGAAUGAUUGUAUCCAUUCAAAACAAGUUUCUGGUACUAUAUUUGAUAAGGCCGCUGAUAGCUUGAACAAGAAUUAUCAGGGUUAUUACGUGUACUCAGAUGACGCCACUGAUAUUAAAGAACACCCCUUCUUUAGGGGGGUUGAAUGGGAAACUAUGCAGUACUCAAGGCCCCCAUUUAUACCCAAGGUACGGAGCUGGGAAGACACCAAGUAUUUCAACAUUCCAGUUGCAGACAGAAAUGAUGACACUACGGAAGAGAUCCUUCCAGAAGAUGUCCAAGUUGAUAAUGAUAAUGGAGCGCCCAAUGCAAAGCAGAAUCAACAGUGCCCUAAUGCCGCAGAGAACGCAGCUAACGUCAAGAAAGCUACGAAGAAGAAGGGCAAGCGGAAAGCCCGUGAUAAGAUUCUGCGAGACGAAAACACGGGGAAAAUUGCAUUGAGCAUUCGGAAACAGGAGGCGUUCUUGGGGUAUGAUUAUCAUCGUCCGACAGAUGUCUUUAGUGUCUUUGACCAGUGA